AUGAUGAAGUUUGGAAACGAUUAAUAAAAAAACAGGGCAAAAGAAGAUUUUUUAAAUUAUUUAUAAAAAUAAACUUACUAAUCAGGAACUAGAAAGGCUUUUGAAAUAAUUAAAUUUAUUUCAGAAAUUGUAUCAAAUAUAAAUACUUAAUUAGGAUCAUUGA